AUGCCAAGUAUGCAGGAAGAAAUGAAUAUAGGAACAAAUUAUGAGCAACAGUCAACCCUUCAAAACCAAGCUGAAACUACAGAUACUAGUAUUUCAACUGUGGAACAUAUAGAAUCAAAAGAUCAACAGCAAACAACCCUUCCCAAAGAAUACAACAGUGAAACCAUCAUUCUUUUUGAUUCGAAUGGGCAUCUUCUAGACACCAAUCGCCUUUGCCCACGCUCAACCACCUCUUACAUAAGAUGUCCCACGCUCGCAAAAGCAAAAGACAUCAUAAACGAAGCUAUCUUUAAUGCACCAAAAACAUUUAUUUUGCACUGUGGUACAAAUGACUUGGAAAAAUAUCAUGAUUAUAAUGACAUUGUUAAAAAAACAUCAGAAGUAAUCAACCUAAUAAAUGAAAAAUACCCUGAAAGCAAAAUAAUCCUGUCAUCGCUCCUACCCAGAAUGGACACACACCACGCUCAGGUAGGAAAAAUUAAUAAAGUACUUAAAACCAAUUACUCAACAAAACCCAGUGUUCUCUUUGUUGAGCACAACAACCUUUUUCCCUCGAGACACCACCUCCACGACAAGAAACAUUUAAAUCAGUCUGGAGUUAAGAUUUUUGCAAAAAACCUUAAAUCUGCCUUCUUUUACCUCAAAAAGAAUCCCAAACAAAACACCCCAAUUCCUAAUAAAUUUAACCCACAAAAAUACUACCAAGUACCAUCUCCCUUUGGGUACCAUAAUUCAACAUUCCCUCAUCCAAAUUUUCCAUCCCCAUCCGACCUAUCCUUGCAACAGUUCUCCUCACCAUAUCUACCUCCAGCCAAUCUACCAUCACCUCGCUUACCCCAGCCAUUCGACUUUCCACAAUCCAUGAAUAGAAAUGCCCAAAAACCCAGUAACAGGAAUAAUGUACCUAAUCCCACCUCCCAAUCCUACCAUCAGAUCCUGCCUCCCCCCACCAUCCCUGUCGCUCCUCUUGCAAAUUUUCCUCCUGUUUUACCCCCCACCAAUUUACCCUCACCACAUUUACCCUCACCACAUUUACCAUCACCACAUCUACCCAGACCAUUUAAAUUAUCCCACAAACCCAGCAACAAGAAUAAUGAUAAUCCCACCUGCCAAUCCCAUCACCAGACAAUGCCUCCCCCCAACCUUUACGACCCAAAAAGUUUCCCUCCUCUCUCAAGUUUACCACCACCCCCUCCUGUUUUACCCCCCACCAAUUUACCUUCAUCACACUUACCCCCACCUCCUAACUCUCCCUGGAACUUCAAUCAACAAUACAACAAGAAAAACAAUUGCCUUCCACCCCAACUUAUUGAAUUAAUCAAGUCACUCCAGGGGUAUGUGUAUUAA